GCCACCGCCCGGGGAGGACGCAGGUGGAGCGGGCGUGUCCUCGUGGAAGCCGGCGCCGGCCGCUGCGGUCGUCCCGGUCGCUGCCGGGUCCCGGGCACCGGGCAUUCUGCGCCCGCUCCCGGGGAGGAGCCGCCGCCGGCUGGGCACCAUGAACAGUAGCAGCGCCCACAUCACCUACGCCAGUCGCAAGCGGCGGAAGCCGGUGCAGAAAACUGUCAAGCCAAUCCCAGCUGAAGGAAUCAAGUCAAAUCCUUCCAAGCGACAUAGAGACCGACUUAAUACAGAGUUGGACCGUUUGGCUAGUCUGCUGCCUUUUCCACAAGAUGUUAUUAAUAAGCUGGACAAACUUUCAGUUCUUAGGCUCAGUGUCAGUUACCUAAGAGCCAAGAGCUUCUUUGAUGUUUCAUUACAGUCCUCCCCAGCUGACAGAAAUGAAAUCCAGGAAAACUGUAGAACAAAAAUCAGAGAAGGCCUGCAUCUGCAAGAAGGAGAAUUCUUACUACAGGCUCUCAAUGGUUUUGUGCUGGUUGUCACCACAGAUGCUUUGGUCUUUUAUGCUUCUUCUACCAUACAAGAUUACCUGGGGUUUCAGCAGUCUGAUGUCAUACAUCAGAGCGUAUAUGAACUUAUUCAUACUGAAGACCGAGGUGAAUUUCAGCGUCAGCUACACUGGACAUUAAACCCUUCACAGUGUACAGACUCUGGACAAGGAAUUGAUGAAGCUAAUGGCCUGCCACAGGCAGUAGGCUGUUAUACCCCAGACCAGCUUCCUCCAGAAAACUCUUCCUGUAUGGAAAGGAGCUUCGUGUGCCGACUCAGAUGUCUCCUGGAUAAUUCAUCUGGUUUUCUGGCAAUGAAUUUCCAAGGCAGGUUAAAGUAUCUUCAUGGACAGAAUAAGAAAGGGAAAGAUGGAUCAGUACUACCACCUCAGUUGGCUUUGUUUGCCAUAGCGACUCCCCUUCAGCCACCAUCCAUCCUUGAGAUCCGAACGAAAAAUUUCAUCUUCAGAACCAAACACAAACUAGACUUUACACCCACUGCUUGUGAUGCCAAAGGAAAACUUGUUUUAGGCUAUACUGAAGCAGAGUUGUGCAUGAGAGGAUCAGGAUAUCAAUUUAUUCAUGCUGCUGAUAUGCUUUAUUGUGCUGAGUACCAUAUCCGGAUGAUUAAGACUGGAGAGAGUGGCAUGAUAGUAUUCAGGCUUCUUACCAAAGAAAAUCGAUGGACCUGGGUUCAGUCUAAUGCACGCUUAGUGUAUAAAAAUGGAAGACCAGAUUAUAUCAUUGCAACUCAGAGACCUCUAACAGAUGAAGAAGGAACAGAACAUUUACGAAAGCGAAAUACGAAGUUGCCCUUUAUGUUUACUACUGGAGAAGCUGUGUUAUAUGAGCUAACCAGUCCUUUUCCUCCCGUGAUGGAUUCCUUACCAAUAAGGACUAAAAAUGGUGCAAGUGGGAUAGAUUCCGCUACCAAAUCAGCUCUCAAUAAGGAUUCUCUCAAUCCCAGUUCCCUCCUGGCUGCCAUCAUGCAACAGGAUGAGUCUAUUUAUCUCUAUCCCGCCUCAGGUAGCACACAGUUUGAAAGAAAUCUUUUUAAUGAACCUGUGAAUGAAUGCAGUAAUUGGCAAGACAAUAUCGCACCAAUGGGAAGUGAUGGUAUCCUGAAACAUGAGGAAAUAGGUCACUCUCAGGAAAUGAACCCAACACUCUCUGGAGGUCAAGCAGGGCUCUUUCCAGACAACAGAAAUAGUGACUUGUAUGGCAUUAUGAGACAGCUAGGCAUUGAUUUUGAAGAUAUCAAACACAUGCAACAGAAUGAGGAAUUUUUCAGAACUGACCUUUCGGUUGAGGAUGACUUCCGAGAUAUUGACCUAACAGAUGAAAUCCUGACCUACGUCCAAGAGUCUUUAAGCAAGCCCACCUUUGGGUGUUCAGACUACCCACAGCCACAGUCCUUGGCUCUGACCUCGAGCUGUGUGGUACAGGAGCCCCUGCGGUUCGAACAGCCGCAGCUGCAGCACCGCCCAGAGCACGGGGCCGUGGAGCGGGCACAGCUCUGUCAGAAAAUGCAGCAUAUGCAAGUUAACAGCAUGUUUGCCAACUGGAACCCUCAGCCAUCCGUGCCUCGGAGUUGUCCUCAGCAAGAUCUGCAGCAGUAUAGUGUCUUUUCAGACGUCCCUGGGAGCAGUGAAGCUUUUCCCUACAAACCUGAGACCAGUCCUGUGCCAUACACACAGAACUUUAUUCCCUGUAAUCAGCCUGUGUUGCCACAGCAUUCCAACGGGACACAGUUAGACUUUCCCAUAGGGAAUUUUGACCCAUCCCCUUACCCUACUACUAAUUUAGAAGAUUUUGUCACAUGUUUACAAGUUCCUGAAAACCAAACCCAUGGACUGAAUCCAGAGUCAACCAUAGUAAGUCCUCAGGCCUGUUACGCUGGGGCCGUGUCCAUGUACCAGUGCCAGCCGGAGCCACUGCCCAGCCGUGUGCCCUGCAUGCCCUAUGGUCCAACAACAGCGCCACAGCCAUUUUUAAACAAGUUUCAGAAUGGAGGAGUUUUAAAUGAAACCUAUCCUGCUGAAUUAAAUAAUAUAAAUAACACUCAGACUACCACACAUCUUCAGGCCCUUCAUCACCCUUCAGAAGCCAGACCUUUCCCUGAUUUGACAUCCAGUGGAUUCCUAUAAUUCCAACCCCAUUUUAAGCACCUUGGUGUUUGGAUGAGUUUGCAGAUUACAGAAUAAUAAAACUCUCAGUGUUGGUCAUC